CACGCAUUGAACAUGGACGGCCCCAUCAGCGAUGAAGGCCGAAUUAUACAAGACGCACAAUCUCGCACAGCGCAUGGAGGAGAGAGCACGUGCUCGCGCUGCACGGUGAUGGCAGAGUUGGAGAAGGCGCUUUUGGCGCUGGUGUACGAGGGCCAGAUACUGUAGAACGGAAAAAGCUGCAGUGAACCCCAACGGAUCCUUGGAUUGUUGAGGCACGGCUGACCAUUUCCAUGGUUGUGAGCGUCGGUGCCUCGAUGACAAUGACACUGACUGCCACCAGCACAACGGGACUGGUACCUUAACUGGGCAAGUAAGGUAGGCAAGAAGCAGGACCUGUCUUGACUGACUACAAUACUUACCUCAGGUACCUACCUGACCUACAUACCUACCCUACACCUAGCUGGUCCCCUCGCUGCGUCCAUCUCCCCACUGCCUGCUCUUGCCAAGUUCAACACUCGUACCAUCCACCACUGGCGAGGCAAGACCGACUGACCGAUCAACCGCAACGUCCCCAUCAGGCCUUCGAAGCUCUGCCGUGUGAAUCCGCUACUGCUCGCGUGAUAUCUCCCACAACCACAGUAAGGCAGAGCCCCGCCACACAUAUUCCCGCACCACCCGCCGUCGAUGCCGUCGUCGCACCGCCUGUAGCGAAACUCACCGAAGCACUCCGCCGCCCUCUUGCGAGCCUGCGACCGUCGUGGAUCGGACCUCCAAGGGCACCCAGUCGAUCUGCCACACCUGGAGGCGCCAUAAUGACCACCCCAAUCACGAUCAAGUUCGGCUCUCCAGGCCUGCAGCCGCCUGUGUAUAUCGCAACAUCGCUGAGCGACCCACAAUGGGAGCCGAUAGAAAUGGAAGGCACUCGCAAUGCCAGCGGCGAGUACACUUUUACCAAGAAAUUCGACGCGCAGGAGGGAGAAUAUCAGUACAAGCUGCGCCUCGGACCAGGCGACUGGUGGAUCUGCGAUGAUACCAAGCCGCAGGUGGACGAUGGCAUGGGCAACAAGAACAACCUGGUUACCGUCAAGGCCGGUCAUUCGCAAGAGCACCGGGCAGACUCGGUACAUGGUGACCAAGGCGCCCCUCUCAUGCCACACGAAAGUCAUGAUCAAGCAGCAGAUGCUUCGCCCUUCCUCAACGCCGAACGUAGUAGUGCCAGACCCGUCACUCCUGACGCGGAGCACCAGGCGCCCUUCUUUAGGCACGAAUCUUUGGUGCCAGAGGCUUCGCGGGAAGACGCCGAGGAAGAGGAAGAUGAGGAGGAGGAGGAGGAGGAGCCGCCCAGCCCACUCUUACGACACGAGACUGCGAUACCAACACAUGAGGAUGUGUCACCACUUUUCCACCACAAGAGUACAGCCAUCGAUGACCAGAAACACGAGACUUUGAGCAAGAAAUCGCCUUUGCUGCGUGGUAGAAAGCACAGCGGAGACUCGAUCCCGGAAGAGGCGGAUCCAAACGAUCCCGGGCUAGAAAAGUUUCCGACCGACCACAGGGGUAUUAUUGACUCCAUCGCGCGCACAAAGAAGGCGCUGGCCAUAGACGAGACCUCAGACCAUCAGCCCUCCCCCUCUCCUCUUGCCAAAUCUGCCGCUGCAUCACCAAAGCUGAAUUCCGUGGUCGAGGUUGAAGAUGAGGAGCAUUGCGACCGUGACAACAAUGUACCAGAGGUUCAACUUUCAGAAGCAGAUCAUCGUCCCGCCGCUCCAAUUACACCUCCGGAGACGCCGACGAAAGAAAAGCAUGUUGACCCAAUGGUCAACCGCGUCCAGAAGAAAGCGAAAAGUGCAAAGGAGACUGCGGCAUCUGCUGCAGAGCAAGCUGCGCAAAAGGUUGGCACGACCAACUAUUCGACGGCUCUUACUGGGUCCAUGUUCGCGUUUGCAGUGGCUCUCACCGCCAUUGGUCUUUGGUAUUUCUCUGAGGGCGGCAGGAACCUCGAUAUCAUUGAGACCUAGGAGUGUACAAAACGCACGCAACUCACGCAGUACACAAAACAGUAUCAGCAUCAAUCGGAAGGCACAACAGCAUGGUCCGGUGGAUGAGGUUUUGUUGACAUGCCGUGAAUGAAUCAACGAUGUGGAGAUAUGAGGCAUGAGAAUAUGAUUCUGUUGGACGGACCUGGGGAUAAUAAGCGAUGGCGUUGCAACCCAGUAGCAUACUCUUCUCAAUCCAUACACGUCGACCUAGCACAUCGCAGCCCGUAUCACCUGAAGGAUGAUAUGCAAUUCUCAGCACGUGGUGUCUCAGGUCGACCAACAUCAUGGCAGAGAAAUUAGUUUUCAUCUC